CACAUACAUUAAGAUGCUAAUCCUGGUCUUUUUUGUCUCUUUCUAUAAUUCAUUGCAUUUUGUUCCUCUCCCUGCUCCUGUUCUCCGACUCUCUCUUUCUUGCACUUCGUUUUCCCUCUCGCUCUCCAUUUUUUUUCCCCCUUCUGCGCUGUCACAGGCUCUCCCCUCAGAUUAGAGGCUCCUGGCGAACGGAUUCCAACUCUUAAUUUUGCGGUAUUGCAGAUGAUUAGGUUCAGAAAUAGGACAGAAGUGCACAGAAUUUGGCGCAAUUAGAGGAAUUCUCCGUAGAGCUUCACGGGACUGAUUAGUUAGAGCCGCCGUCCCACCUCCCCACAUCGCCGUGCUUGCACACAACCAGCUGUUGUUUAUUUGUGAGGAUCGACUUUUGCGUCUUGUGGUGUCACUUUGUGUGUGUGUGUGCCAGAGGUUGGAUAAGCCCUACGGAUGCAAGUUGUUUUCAAUCAGCUCUGUAGUUACCAGCUGUGCCCUCACGCUCCCCAGGGUGGCACAACCUAGGCAUUAAUCAUAGCUCGCUCCGUCUCUGCAUGUGAUUCCUCCGUGUGGAUUGGAAGGGGAGUACCUCGACUGCGUUUCGUCAAUGAAGAUCUUUGUUCCCCAACAUCCGGCACAGUUCCACUCUCCACCUGCCAUGGUGACAUGACGCACCCCUGAGUGGCUUUGCUCCUUUUCUCGCACACACACACAGACAAUCUCUUGGACUCCCUGAAUCCUCCCGGCCACUCUAGACUGAGCGGUCUAAAAAAUAAAAAGACUAGGCUACGCACGACAACUCCUCGCUUUCGGGAUGACGGUGGCCGUGCGAUUCCGUCGCCACCUGCGGAGGCUCCUGCUCCUCUUGGCCUCCUGCUGCCUCCUCUCCCUGCUCCUCUCUGCCUACUUCCUGUUUACGAACUCCUCCCCUUCUAUGCAGCUUGGACAAUCCCCCGAACCCGCCUGCGCCCAGCCUCUCUCCAUGUCCCCGUACCAUCAGCUUCCAUACCCAUACCCCCCCAACCCCCCUCACACGCACGUCCACACCGACCCGGUGGUGCUGGUGCUGGUGGAGUCCCAGUACUCCCAGCUGGGCCAGGACAUUGUGGCUAUACUGGAGUCAGCACACUUUCAGUUCCGCAUGGAGAUCGCCUCAGGGAAAGGUGACCUUCCGCCAUUGACGGAGAAAGGCCGUGGCCGAUACUCCCUCAUCAUUUAUGAGAACUUGUUAAAGUAUGCACAUGCGGACACAUGGAACAGACAGCUGUUGCAUCAAUACUGCACUGAGUUCAGAGUGGGCAUCAUUGGUUUCUUCCGCUCCACAGAGAACUCCCCACCGCUCCUCAAACUCCGAGGCCUCCCUCUGGUGCUCAGGACCAACCAGGCGCUUUGGGACUGCUGCGUCGUCUCCAGCUCGCCUCUCCUUCACCUGACUAAGCCCGGCACGGAUCGAGGAGCUUUACCUGGGGAGGACUGGACCUCCUUCUCCUCCAAUCAUUCCACCUACCAGGCCGUGCUGCAUGCACGGGCCAAGGAGGGAGCAGGGGCAGGCAGCGGCGAUAAUCCAGGGCCUGGGUUUAGUUUGGGCCUCCAGGCCACUGUGGUGCAGGACAUGGGGCUCUAUGACGGGGUGAGGAGGGUGCUGUUUGGACAGGGACUGGGCUACUGGCUCCACAGACUCAUCCUGGUGGACGCCAUCUCCUACCUCACAGACAGGAAGCUUACUUUGGGUCUGGACCGGCACAUUCUGGUGGAUAUAGAUGACAUUUUCGUGGGGAAGGAAGGGACACGCAUGAACGCCAAGGAUGUGAAGGCUCUCCUCGAUACUCAGAGGCAGCUGCGUUCUCAAAUCUCCAACUUCACCUUCAACCUGGGCUUCUCUGGAAAGUUCUACCACACAGGCACUGUUGAGGAGGAUGAAGGAGACGAUUUGCUGCUGAAGUAUGUGGAUGAGUUCUGGUGGUUCCCCCACAUGUGGAGCCACAUGCAGCCUCACCUCUUCCACAACGAGUCCUCACUGCUGGAGCAGAUGGUCCUCAACAAGGAGUUUGCACUGGAGCACAACAUCCCGGUGGACAUGGGCUACGCCGUGGCUCCUCACCACUCAGGUGUCUACCCGGUUCACCUGCAGCUGUACAAGGCCUGGAGGCGUGUGUGGAACAUCCAGGUCACCAGCACGGAAGAGUACCCGCACCUCAAACCUGCCCGCUACCGCAAGGGCUUCAUCCACAAUAACAUCAUGGUGCUGCCUCGUCAGACGUGUGGCUUGUUUACUCACACCAUCUACUAUAAGGAGUACCCUGGUGGACCUAAAGAACUGGACAAAAGCAUCCGUGGGGGAGAGCUGUUUCUCACUGUGCUACUCAAUCCAAUCAGUAUAUUCAUGACCCACCUGUCUAACUACGGCAACGACCGGCUGGGUCUUUACACGUUCGUCCACCUGGCCUCCUUCCUUCGCUCGUGGACGAACAUGAAACUCCACACGCUCCCGCCCAUGCAGCUCGCACACAAGUACUUCCAGCUUUUUCCCGAACAAAGGAACCCGCUCUGGCAGAAUCCGUGCGAUGACAAACGGCACAAAGACAUCUGGUCCAAGGAGAAAACCUGCGACAGGCUACCCAAGUUCAUGGUCAUAGGACCACAGAAAACAGGAACGACAGCACUUUAUCUCUUCCUACUCAUGCAUCCCUCCAUCUCCAGUAACUUCCCAAGUCCAAAGACUUACGAGGAGGUCCAGUUCUUCAACACCCAUAACUAUCACAAAGGAAUCGACUGGUACAUGGAGUUUUUCCCUGUGCCCUCUAAUGUUACCACGGACUUCCUGUUUGAGAAGAGUGCGAACUACUUCCCCUCCGAGGAGUCCCCGCGGCGAGCUGCUGCCCUCUUGCCCAAGGCCAAGAUCAUCACCCUGCUCAUCAACCCCUCUGACAGGGCCUACAGCUGGUAUCAGCAUCAAAGAGCUCACGAGGACCACGCCGCUUUGCAGUUCACCUUCUAUGAUGUCAUCAGUGCGAGACCGGGAGCACCGGCCGAGCUGCGCUCCCUGCAGAGCCGCUGUCUCAUCCCCGGCCUUUACUCCACACACCUAGAGAGGUGGCUCACUCACUACCCCACCAACCAGCUGAUGAUCAUAGACGGCCAUCAGCUCAGAACGGACCCUGCGGCAGUGAUGGAUGAAGUCCAGAAGUUCCUGGGAGUCACUCCUCACUUCAACUACUCCCAGGCCCUGACGUUUGACCCUCAGAAGGGCUUCUGGUGCCAGCUCCUUGAGGGCGGAAAGACAAAAUGUUUGGGAAAGAGCAAAGGGAGAAAGUACCCUCCCAUGGAGCCAGAGGCGCAUGCAUAUCUCUCCAGGUACUACAGGGAACACAACGUGGAGCUGUCAAAGCUGCUGCAUCGCCUCGGACAGCCGCUUCCCUCCUGGCUCAGAGAGGAGCUUCAGAAGAUAACCUUUGCAUCCAUGAGCCAGGGUUAAAGGUCAAAGGGGUCCGGGAAGACCAGGAAGCGACCAGGAGCACCUGACCUCCAGAUGCACUGUUCUGUGGCCUUUUAGUGAACCCUGAGGUGAGGGCAAGGACGGGGUGCCUUGUUAUAUACCUGGGAGCUGUGACGCUGCUGAGGGGAGCAGAAGUCGAGAGGGAAACUUGAACUCUUGAAUGAAGAGACGGGCGGAUGGAGAAAUGACUCAGAUCGCUCUGAAGAAAGUGUGACUAAAAGGAAGAAACCAGGCAACCGCGGGAGACAUGGGGCAUUUGGCAAGCCUGUGAUGCCCAUGUCUAGUGACUUUGACGGUUAUUACCACUAUUAUUACUAUUAUUGUUGUUUUAUUUUCACCUUUGAUUUAUGAUGCCAGAACAGCGCUGGUCAGCUGUGCGUGGUUCCCAUUGAGAUGACUUUGCACUAUGUUCUGUUCCAUGUUUCUCCAAGACAAAAGGGAAAGAAAAAAAGAAAAAAAAACAACAACAUGCACAACAUGCGUUUUUUUUCUUACUUUUUUUUUUAAAAUUCCCUUCAUCACAACGAGAGCGAAAUAAGCAGGGAGGAUGCGUGCACAGUCUCAGGGUGAGUGACAGGCUGUUACAUUCCACGAUAGGUUCUUGUUGUUUUCCCAGUUAAUUUCUUUAAAUGAAGCUAGUUUUCUGGUAGAUCUGGUAGCCUUGUUCACCCCUCAGAGAUGUCACUCGAGGCUUUCACUGGAAGAGUACAGACCGGGAGGAGUGAGUCACUGAGGCAAGAUGCAUCGCCCGCUCAUUAUUUUCCUGCGACAAGCCACGCAGAAGAACGACCGCGUCCGUUUAGCAGAGCACGAGCGCCGAUGACUUCAGCGCCGAGCACCGAGGAGUUUGCGGGAAGGAAAACUGACCAAAAUGAGCCUAAUGCGUAUGACACUUAAUUCCAAGACCCUUUAAGUAGCUACUUUAACCACAGGCAGUUUUUGUAUCGUCAGUGACUCAUUAUAGUCUCAACCACUUGUUUAUUUUUUUGGCUCCUUUUUUAAACCAGUGGCCUACGUUGUUGAGCUUCAGUUUGAAUGCAAAAAAGAAAAAAAAAUCCCCUCAAUGUCAAACACAGAAACCAAAAUUAAAGAAAUGGAUAUGACUGACAGCA